CUCGUCUUUAACCUGUCACAUUUUGCUAUAGAUGUGCUAUUAAUCAGCAUGUUAUCAGCCUACAGUUGGUGUUUAUUAAAGCUAUAUUAAUUUAGCAGCAUCAAUAAAGCUAUAUAUCGGUCGAGUCCCGUGUUGUUUUCAGUGUUUUGCGAGGUCCAUCAUGAGCUCCGCAGCGCCCCCCUGCAGCUUGAAAACUUUCCCGUCUCGAAGUGAUUUCCUCCCCUGUUUUUACUUCCUGUUUUCUAAGGGAGUCACUUAACUCUGCUCAGUUCUGCUUCUCGGGACUUCACAAUGCGUCUGUUUUUCUGCCGGUAAUAGUGACCGGUCGGUCUCUCCGCGGGGCUCUCGGGACGGACAGCGAGCCGCGUAUAUCGACCGCGGGACACCAGCACGGAUAUUCGGCUUCAGAUGGAGGUCGGAGGGCUGAGCUCGGUCGUGUCUGCGGCUCUGAUGGAUUUUACGUAGAUCUGUUUUGUUUUAAUGCAUUUUACUGCCGUCCCGGCGGUUUUAUUUUCAUUUUUCGCCUUCGGUUUUGGAGUGUCCGGUCCUCGACCGCCCCUUUAACUCUCCGGUAACAAUGUAUAACAAACUCGCUCGCUCGCUCAUCUCUCUUCCGCCGAUCUACGCUAGUUGAAGUGCAAACUUUGACGCUGUCUGUCGUGUGUUUAUCCACCUAACUUUACCGAUGGCCGAGCUGCAGCGGCCGACGCUGUGCUGCUGCCGGAAAGUGCUGACCGUUCCCGGUAAGUCCUGCGAGGGUGGCCGGAGUCUGGCGCACUGUCGCCUGGUGGACAUCGCGUCAGCGUCCAACUUCCACUGCUUUAAACUCAGACAUUUCCAUCUGGACCUUCACCUGAACUUCGCCGUUAAGAGGAUAACGGGAUGGCAGGUCCUGGAGCUCACGCCUGUUCAGCCCGGCGUCCAAUCCCUCAUUCUGGACACGCAUCCGUCGUUGUUGAUUCAUUCCGUGGACUGUAAAGUGCCCGGCGCGUCAGGUGCUCCAGACGUGUUUUUGUCGCUCACCUACCGAGUGGAACCGUUCACCGAUUACGGAUCAUCUCUGAACAUCACCCUCCCGGCCGCGGUGAUCCGGCCGCACCGGGCUUUCCGUGUCACCGUCCGCUACACCACCACCGACGGCCCUGCGAUCUGGUGGCUGGAUGCAGAGUUGACAUGCGGACAGACUCGUCCACUGGUCUUCACUCAGGGUCACUCGGUCUGUAACCGCUCAUUUUUCCCCUGUUUUGAUACACCAGCCGUCAAAAGCACUUACUCCGCCACAGUCAGGGUACCAGAGGGUGUCACGGUGUUGAUGAGUGCCUCAAGAAGUGCAUACUCUAAACAGGACAGGGUUUUCCAGUUCUCCAUGGAGUACCCUGUCCCAGCUUAUUUAGUAGCCCUGGUGGCAGGAGACCUACAGCAUGCAGACAUUGGGCCUAGGAGUCGUGUAUGGGCAGAGCCGUGCAUCCUGACAUGUGCCGUCAGUAAACUGGGUGGCAGUGUGGAGCGCUGGCUUAAUGUGGCAGAGGGGCUAUUUGGACCUUAUGUAUGGGGAAGGUACGACUUGGUGUUCCUUCCUCCUUCUUUCCCCAUCGUAGCCAUGGAAAACCCCUGCCUCACCUUCAUCAUUUCCUCCAUUCUGGAGAGUCAGGAAUUUCUGCUCAUUGAUGUCAUACAUGAGAUUGCACACGGCUGGUUUGGCAACGCAGUCACCAAUGCUACCUGGGAGGAGAUGUGGCUCAGCGAGGGACUGGCCACUUACGCCCAGAGGCGCAUUACUACAGAGGCCUACGGAGAAGCCUUCACUUGUCUCGAAACGGUGUUUCGUCUGGAUGCUCUUCACAGACAGAUGCGUCUUCUCGGAGACAACAAUCCUGUCAGUAAGCUGCAGGCCAAAUUUGAACCAGGUGUAAACCCCAGCAGCCUAAUGAAUCUCUUCACCUAUGAGAAAGGCUUCUGCUUUGUUUCUUACCUCUCGCAGUUGUGUGGUGAUAUCAAGAGAUUUGACAGCUUUCUUAGGGCCUACAUCGAGAAGUUUAGAUUCAGCAGCGUAAUCGCUCAGGAUCUGCUGGACUUCUUUCUUGGCUUCUUCCCGGAGCUGAAGGAGGGCUGCGUUGCUCAACGAGAGGGAUUGGAAUUUGAGCGAUGGCUGAAUGGUUGUGGUCCUCCGUUAUGUGAACCAGAUCUCUCGGCUGGUAGAACUUUAACGGGUCCAGUACAGCACCUGUGCGACCUCUGGGGCAACGACGCCCCUGACACCCAAGUGAUCUCUACAUUUGACCUCUCCUCCUGGAGCACUUUUCAGACCGUCCUCUUCUUGGACCGACUCCUAGACCGUUCACCUCUCUCUCAAGAGGUGAUGAGUCUUUUGUCAAGCUGCUACGCUGCGUUGUUGGACGACAUGAAUGCUGAAGUCCAGAUUCGAUGGCUGCAGAUUGUGGUGCGGAACAGCUUUUACCCUGAUCUGCCUCGAGUUCGUAGCUUCCUGCAUAAACAUACCUCACGGAUGUACACAGUGCCCCUAUACGAGGAUCUGUGCGGAGGAGUGAUGAAGUGCUUUGCAGUGGAGGUGUUUUAUCAAACUCAGGCCCGUUUGCACCCUAAUCUACGCAGGACCCUUCAGCAGAUACUGUUCCAAACCAGUGCCCUCAACACCAGCACGGCUCCGUCUCUAAUGGCGUCCGCGCCCUCUGCCCCUUCCUCACCCACAGACCCUCCUCCCAACGGGACCAUCGCCCUGCGAGACGUCAAUGUGUCCGCAUGAGAUCAAAACUUCUGGGUUUUGGGUUGAAAAGGCCAGAAACAAGACUUGAACUCCUUGGACCAUAGCAAUGCAUUGUGGGAGGCACUCGCUGAUGGAUGCACACACACACUCUCACCAACACUGGGAUGUCUAUUUAAAAAAAGCAGACAUUUUCAUAAGCUAAACGUAAAGCUGCUUAGGGCUGUGGAACAAAAUGGAGGAUUGUGUGUGUGUGUACUGGUUUUGGUUGUUUAUGAGGACGUAACAUGGGUAAGAUGUUGGUAUUAUAAUGUUAAGGUGAUUUAUGAGGACAUAUCAUGUGUCCUUGUAAUUCGAAACCCUUAAAAAUAAUACUUUUCUUCAAAAUUUGCCAUGGUUGGGUAUAGACAAGGUUAUAAUAAGCAGUUUUACCGUAUAAAAUGCAUUAUGCCUAUAGUGAGUCCUCACCACCAAAACCUGUGUGUGUGUGCAGGGGUAUGUCAGUAUCAAAGAUGCUGUAAGCCAUUACAUUUUGGGUGUGUGUGUCGUGGUUUUGGUGGUUUGAGGACACUGAUUUGUAUAAUAACCUAAGUAAGAUCUAGGUAUUAUAAUGUUGAGGUGGUUUUUAAAGACAUGUCAUGUGUCCUUGUAAUUAAAAACACUUAAAAAUAAUACUUUUCUUAAAAAUUUGCCAUGUGAAGGUUGGAGUCCUCAUACACCACUAAAACCUGUGUGUGUUUGUGUGCGGGUGUAUGUCAGCAUUGUUUUGGGUGUGUUUACUGGUUUUGGUUGUUUAUGAGAAUGCUAAUUUGUAUAAUAACAUAGGUAAGAUGUAGAUAUUAUAAUGAUGAGGUGGGUUAUGAGGACAUAUCAUGUCCUUGUAAUUCAAAACCCUUAAAAAAAAAGAAUACUUCAAAAUUUGCCAUGAGGGUUGGGUAUAGGGGUCAGAUAAGGCUAUAAUAAGCAGUUUAACUGUAUAUAAUGCAUUAUGUCUACAGAGCCCUCAUACACCACCAAAACCUGUGUGUGUGUGUGUGUGCAGGGCCAUUUCAGUAUCAUAGAUGCUGUUUGCCAUCUGUUUACCAUUACUGGUUUUGGUUGUUUAUGAGGAUGCUAAUUUGUAUAAUAACAUGCGUAAGAUGUAGGUAUUAUAAUGUUGAGGUGGUUUAUGAGGACAUAGCAUGUGUCCUUGUAAUUCGAAACACUUAAAAAUAAUACUUUUCUUCAAGAUUUGCCAUGUGAGGGUUUGGUUAAGAAGUAAGAUAAGGCUAUAAUAAGCAAUUUUAUCGUAUAUAAUGCAUUAUGCCUACAGAGAGUCUUCAUACACCACCAAAACCUGUGUGUGUGUGUGUGUGUGUGUGUGUGCGCAGGGGUAUGUCAGUAGCAAAGAUGCUGUUAGCCAUUAUGUUUUGGGUGUGUUUGUAGUGGUUUUGGUUGUUUGAGGACACUCAUUUGUAUAAUAACAUGGGUAAGAUCUAGGUAUGAUAAUGUUGAGGUGGGUUAUGAGGACAUGUCAUGUGUCCUUGUAAUUCAAAACACUUAAAAAUAAUACUUUUCUUCAAAUUUUGCCAUGAGGGUUGGGUAUAGGGGUCAGAUAAGGCUAUAUAAUAAGCAGUUUUUACAGUAUAAACUGUGUUAUGCCUACAGAGAGUCCUCAUACACCACCAAAACCUGUGUGUGUUUGUGUGCAGGGGUAUGUCAGCAUCAAAGAUGCUGUUAGCCAUUACCUUUUGGGUGUGUGUGUGUGUGUGUGUGUGUGUGUUUUGCAUAUGUUCCUCCAGCCUAUGCACAUCAUCUCAUGUUUGCAUCUGCUCUCCAAUACAACAGAGCGAUCUAUUGGAGUACUUGACAGGAUUUCUGAGACUUUCCUUUUUGCUAGCUGCGCAGAUGUUUUGAGGACCAAUCCCGGACGAACCCCCUUUGUGGACAGUGUUAUCAUCGCUGAUGUGAAUAUGCACACCGUUUGUGCUCAUUGUGCAAUCCAGUCACGGCCUAAUGAAGAUCCUGCAGAUUCCACACACGCUCUCAGCCUUUCUGCGACGAAUGGAUCGUUUGCUUAACAUUUUAAUUUCUGGUAACUGGAAUCUGACUUUUCUCAAGCUUCUCUUUCCUGGUGCUAACCGCUCAGCAUUGAGUCUCAGGUAUAUCAAGACUGAAGAAGUGGAGCAACGAGUUAGUGCCUUUCGAACCUCUCAACACUGUGGAUGUUCAAACAGCCUGUAUUUGUGUGUAUUUGAGCCAUACUAGCGUGACAUUGGUGACCCUUUUUUGACAACACAAGAUGUUGUUUUCAGGAGUCAAGAUUAGUUUUUUUUUUAAAGAAAGUGUUUUCACUCACUCCAUUUUGUUUUAUAGGCAUAUUUCCUUUAAAUGAGUACAUAUUCAAUGGGAAGAGAUUUAUUAUUUGUGAGAGUGCAGUGAGUGUGGUGGGUGUUAGUACAGGUGGACGGGUCCAAGCAGAUCAUUGGUGGCCUUUCUGACAAGCACAGUGGAAGACAGGUUCACUUUUAAAGGUAAUAAAAGACAUCAGAGAGCACUUUGAGGUUUCCUACCCUGGAUUUCUCCUUCUUGCGUAAGAGGUUUUAUGACAGACACUCAUCGCCAAGUGGAAUAGUUUCUCUAAGUUAUAGAAUCAUGGCUUUUGUUGACUUGAAGCUUAAACACUGCACGGCCAACAAUAAAUAGGGUUGUUUUCUACCCUCUUUUAACACUGUGUACUUUACUGAGUAAAUGUGUUACUGAUCCUGUCAGCUUGUGCUCUGAUAUGUGUUUCAGCCACGUGACCCAUUCAGGACAUUGCUAGACAUUUAUAAUGGUUUUGAAAUUGCUACAAUAAAUUUAAUAACUGAAAUUUCGAUUUAAUUAUUUCUAAUAUGCUUUUACAAUGACAGCAUUUGUGGUUACUAAUGGUUUACCAAUUACGAAUGUCGUUGUUUAGAAAAGCGUUAACAGUGAAAUUACCAUGUAAUAUGAACAAAAUGUUUUGUGAUUAUUGUGGGCUAUGCAAUGAAUACUUUUAAGCAAACUGUACUUUGCAAGUCGGACUUGGAGUAUCAGAAAAUGCUUACAUUCACUUCAGUUAUUUAAUAAAAAGGGUUUCUUGCCUUUUCUCUCAGAGACGAAAUGGGCUGUGAAGUCUCAUCUGUUAGUCUUUGUCAUUGUUUGUUCAUAUGCUCAUACUUCAGUCUUCGUUAUCUUUACAACCACAAUUUGAUUUUGAAGUGCAAGCUUCUGUUGUUUAAUAAAAUAUAAGUUCACGCCAAUUGUGAAUGGGCGGUGCUAUUUGGCGACAGAAGCAUUUGGGAUUUCC